AUGAGGUCAGUGAGGAGUAUGCGCACAUGGUUAGCGCUUCUCAAACGACCGAGCACAUGGAGAUGUCACACACCACCAACCUGCAGACUCUUCCACAUACCUCCACAUUCACCUGCAGCCAGCACCCACCUGCUGACAGCUGAGUCUGGUCUGCUGUACAGAUCUUUUUCUCUGUGUGCACGGAGGCUGAAGAGAACAGAUGACUUUAGCAGUACAGGAUUCACCAAGCAGGAGGAGGAGGAUGAAGAUUACCUCGAUGACAGUGAGGUGGAGGAGCUGUUUCAGCAGCAGGUACCUGCAGGGAUCGGAGACGGUCAGCACAGAGUCUUCAUCGUUCACCCUGAUGUUAAGUGGGGGAGCAGGAAGCAGUAUCUGACCACAGGUAAGAGACAGGCCCAGAUGUGAGUGUGUAGAUGAUGGUAAAGGGUUCAUGGACACUUUUAUGCUUUCUUUGCAGCUGAGUUGAUGAUGGCUGAAGCAGUGGGGUUAGUGAGCACCUUAGAAAACUGGAGAGUGGUAGACAAGAUCAUCAUGUCCACCAAGACACCAGAGAAGAAAAGGAUAUUUGGCAAAGGGAACUUCCAGACGUUGACAGGUGUUGUUAUUAUCCUAAGUUUCUACUGGAGAAUCAGUGAAUCCGUUUUAAAAACAGUUCCUCUCAUGUGUUUUUUCUUUCUCUGCAGAGAAAAUCAGGCAAACUGCAGGAAUCUCUGCAGUGUUUGUGAAUGUAGAGCACCUGUCACCUCUGUCUGAGGUGAGCUGCUUUGGAGGAUGGCUUCAGAAAGAGGAGUUUGAUGAUUUGCACAAAAAAAGCUUGCAACAGGGUGCUGGAAACAAGAAAAAAAGAAACUAAGUUUAAUUGAGCUAAACUUAACAAACUGCAGUGAGAAAUGUGACAUGCAUUGAUUUUGGCCCCCAUCUGUGGACAAGCACUACCACUGAUCUCUGUGCUGAACAACUGAAUAUGUCUUGAAUCUCAGUUGUGAGUGAAAAGGUCAUCCUGUUGUUUUAUUUUGUUUUAAUUUGACUACAUCAAGCCUUAUAACCACUGAAAAACUCCUGAAAGAGCUUUUAUUUAUCACAAAUUUAUAAUCAAAAUCAAAACCGGGUAAAUUACCUAGUAGGUUUGUGCACAUUAGGAAUUUGUUUGGGUGUUUUGGUGCUAAAACAGUAAACACAAAAUAACAAUCAAAAGAAAAAUAUAAAUAUUUGACAGUGAAAACAGAAAUUAACAGGUUAUGUAAAUAAGUAAUGUGUACAUAAGUAAGAGAUAUAUUUUUUCUCCGUGCAGAGGGAGCUGGAGGAGGCCUGGGGGGUCAAAGUCUUUGACAGAUACUCUGUUGUCCUCCACAUCUUCCGCUGCAAUGCCAGGACUAAAGAGGCCAAACUACAGAUCUCUCUGCAGCAGAGAUCCCUCUGUUAAGGUGACUUAGUCAGUUUACAAUUUAUCACAUAUUUAUUUUCCCAGAUUAAGUUUUUAGUCUUAAUCUUAAAAUCUGCUUAAAUUUUCAUUUGGAAAACAAAGAGGACAUUUUCCCUGGAAUUAUUGUAGUCAGCCAGUUUAAGUUAUUCUGGUGUUGUUUUUUUAAAUGUAUUUUUAGAUUUGAAAAAUAUCAUUAAAUUAACAUGUAUUUCUAGUUUUAAAUCAUAUACUACUAAUAGUAAAUAUACUACGUAAUAAUAAUUGUGAUAUUACACAGGGAUAAUUGUAUUUAGAAACAAACACAGCAUAUCUGUGUUGUUGUUGUUGUUGAUCUCGUCUGGUGUAAGUUAUGACAAUGGUGAGAUUAAUACCAUAACACAUGACUUCAAUUUUUUAUGUUUGUGGUAAACUAGUUUAGAAUUGGUUUAAGAUUUAAAACAAAUGAUAAUAUUAUUUGAUUCAGCCAGCAGCGCAGAUCCUUAUCACAGUAAUCAUCAGCAGGAGGCUGUGAAGACCUUUUGUCAUCUUGAAUUUUUGAUCUAAAACACCAUGUAUGACAUACUUGUGCCAUGAUUUGCACAAGUAUGUCCUAUAUUUUUAUGUUAUUUUUCACACUAUAGUAGUCUUAAUUUUUGCUGUGACUUAAUUGUGUUUAUAAUGUCUCCAUCUGGUUCUUGCAGGUCUCGACUGAGAAAUGAAUUUGCUAAUUUAGACCAGCAGGGCGGAGGAUCGAGGUACAUUGGAGGCUCAGGUAGGGGGAUCCCCAUGCUUAAGUGAUGAACAAUUUAUCUGCGCUGUCAGACAGCAGCUUCAGUUUGGAUCCUGUUUAUUUCACAGGGGAGACUCUGUAUGAGGUGAGGCAGAGACUGCUGAAGGAGCGAGAGAUGAAGAUUUGCUCGGCUCUGGAAAAACUGAGGAAAAGGAGACACAUGCUGCGCUCUCAGCGAAAACAUAAAGAGUUCCCUACCGUCUCUGUGCUAGGAUACACCAACUGUGGUAAGAGGACAAGAACAGGCUGCCACACUGUUGUAAAAAAUCUCAGAAAGAGUUCCUGAGUCAAAUUGACUUUGUCUUUGGUUUUUGCAGGAAAAACAACUCUGAUCAAAGCUCUCACAGGUGACAGUGGCCUCCAGCCCAAAAACCAGCUUUUUGCCACACUGGACGUCACUGUCCAUGCUGGCCAGCUGCCCAGCCGCAUGACUGUCCUCUAUGUGGACACUAUUGGCUUCCUGUCCCAGCUGCCCCACCAGUUGAUUGACUCCUUCUCUGCCACGCUUGAAGACAUCAAACACUCAGUAUGAGCCUCAUUUUUUAAUCAAAAUACUUUAAUUUAUGAGGGGAGCAUCUUUGACGUAGGAGUAAUUUGUCUUAUGACCUCCAGGAUCUGUUGGUCCACGUCAGAGACAUCAGUCAUCCAGAGACUGUGAAUCAGAAGGUGAACGUGCUGAACAUCCUGAAAAAUCUGCAAAUCCCAGACAGGCUGAUGAGCUCCAUAAUAGAAGUCCACAAUAAAACCGACCUCAUUGACAAGUAAGAGAGAAAAAUCCAACAGAGAUGAUGUUAGACUUUGUGUCAAAUGAAAUCAAAGUGUCUCUGAAAUACUUUGAGUUUGAGCUACUUUAGGUCUAGGCUGCCACCUAUGAGCUUAGCAUACGGGUGCAUCUGAUCAGACUGAUGCCAGCAUGUAGGUGCAGCACAGAAGUCAGCAGAGCACUAUUUUGGAGUGAGUGAAUCACCACAUGAUCUGUGGCUCAGAUCUAAUCACCAUCUUCAGAUUGGCAUAUUGUGACCAGUGAUGUGCCUUAUCUUUAUUGGUAACCACAGCUCCAUGAACACUGGACCUGUUUGAAAGAAAAAAAGCAACCAAACUGGAACUCCUUAAAAAUGCAAAUGCUGUAGCGUUAACCACAGAAUAAUCACUUUGAAGGUUUUUUCUUGUAUCAGAGUAAUAGUUUCAGAUCACACAAAAUGUUAGCUUUUCUGAUAGACCCACAAAACAAGAUCAUAAAGUACGGUAGAUUGUAUUGAGUCGAUUCCCACAUUGAAACACAAGAAUUGCUUUAUGUCACGUCAGUUUUACCAUAAAACUGUUUUAAAAUGCAAAAUGCUGGAAUUUUUAACAGUCAAUGAUAAACGAUUCACUUUCAAUAAACUAUCAAAACUCUAUGAUUAAUCACAAAUAAAGACAUUAAUUGUCUGGUGGCCCCCACAGAUACAAAAGGGGGAGUUUAGCCCAAAGCAGUCUGAAAUAGCUGCACUUUUGAAAAGAUAAGAAGUACCUGCGAAGAAGUUCACAGUAGAAGUGACAGCAGAGACUGAGUAUUGGUUACUGAUGAUAGAGGUGAAGUUUGAAAGGCAUUUUUGUGUGUUAAAAUCAAAAGUACAAAUGAAUUUAUUUACCUGGAAAUGAUGAUGGAAGUGGAAGUGGAAGUGGUGGGAGUGGAAAUGAAUAACUCAAGGUUUCAAAGUGCCAUACACUUUGUAAUAUCUUUUCAAACAAAAAUUAAAAUAAUGCAAAUAAAAUGGUAGAAAAGAUAAUGAGUAUCAUGAAAAGAUGGCCUGAAAAACUCCUGCUGGCCUUGCAGAAAUAUUGUGUUAACAAGAACAAAAGCAACAUAAUGUUAGAUGACUAUUGUCUUUUGAUGUUUGUCCAGUCAAAUUUUGUGGGUUCGUUUUGAGUCAUUGUGAAUGUUUGUGUCAUAGGAUGUUUUCCUAAGAUAAUGAGUACAAAACACUCUGAUGUGUACAGCCGUUUCUGUCAGGAAGCUAUGAAACAUGUAAGCACAUGAUGUGGAGGUUUUAAGCUCUAAAAAGUUUAGAAAAGGGUUGAAUGGAUGUGGUAAAAGAUGUCACUUUAGUGUUCAUGGAUGUAAGGAUCUGAGUUAAAGAUGACUGAGAAGGGUCAGAGUUCAUUCAAAGUCUGGAUUUCCUUCCAGCUAUCAGCCAACAGAACCAGAUGCUCUGCCGAUAUCAGCUCUGAAGGAGCAAGGUCUGGAUGAGCUGAAGAAAGCUGUGGAGGGACAAAUCGUAAACUCUACAGGGAAACAUGUUUUGGAUCUCAAAAUCGACCUCAGCAGUGCUCAGUUGAGGUGGGAGCUGUUUCAUCUCUCUGUAAUGUGAUAUUAAGAGUAAGAGAGCAGUCUUGGUGAGUUUACGUUUCUCUCUACAGUUGGCUGUACAAAGAAGCUGUCGUCCAGGACGUGCAGGUGGAUGCAGACGAAGGCUCAGCCGUUGUCAGAGUCAUCAUCAGCCACGCUGCUUAUGGACGCUACCAGAAACUGUUCACAGAAAGAUAG